CCCCCUUCCCGUCCCCACCCCCCCACCCCGGCCGCUCUGCUCCCUGGCGUGACUCGGCACUGAGAGUCCCGGGGAAGACGCCGCGGUCGCCACCUCCUGUGAUCAGGCCUCGGCCUUCCUGAGCCUCCCGCUCUUCCUCUCCCGGGUCGCCUUCUUCAGUUUUGAAGCCGGUGGCGUCGCGGCCGCCCUGCCGGGCUGAGAAUGGUGGGAGUGAAGCCGGUCGGGAGCGACCCGGAUUUCCAGCCGGAGCUGAGCGGCGCGGGCUCCAGACUCGCCGUGGUCAAGUUCACCAUGCGAGGGUGUGGACCAUGUUUAAGGAUUGCCCCAGCAUUCAGUUCUAUGAGUAAUAAGUAUCCACAGGCAGUUUUCUUGGAAGUAGAUGUACAUCAGUGUCAGGGAACAGCUGCCACCAACAAUAUAUCAGCAACACCUACAUUUCUGUUUUUUCGAAACAAAGUGAGAAUUGAUCAAUAUCAAGGAGCAGAUGCUGUUGGAUUAGAAGAAAAAAUCAAGCAGCACUUAGAAAAUGACCCUGGAAGCAAUGAGGACACAGAUAUUCCAAAAGGCUAUAUGGAUUUAAUGCCUUUUAUUAACAAAGCUGGCUGUGAAUGUCUUAACGAAAGUGAUGAGCAUGGAUUUGACAACUGUUUACGAAAAGAUAUGACCUUCUUGGAAUCUGAUUGUGAUGAACAGCUUCUCAUUACUGUGGCAUUUAAUCAACCUGUUAAGCUUUAUUCAAUGAAAUUUCAAGGGCCAGAUAAUGGUCAGGGUCCUAAAUAUGUAAAAAUUUUUAUCAAUCUACCCCGAUCUAUGGAUUUUGAAGAAGCAGAAAGAAGUGAACCAACUCAAGCUCUGGAACUAACAGAGGAUGAUAUUAAAGAAGAUGGUAUUGUCCCACUUCGUUACGUUAAAUUUCAGAAUGUUAACAGUGUAACUAUAUUUGUUCAGUCCAAUCAAGGUGAAGAGGAAACAACAAGAAUUUCAUAUUUUACUUUUAUUGGUACACCAGUCCAGGCAACAAAUAUGAAUGACUUCAAACGAGGUGACUCCUAAGAUCUUACAACCACAGAUCAGGGCAGUGCCACCGAGAGCUUGAUCAGAACAGAACCCAGUAGCGGUACACAGAUUAAGUGCAGCAGCACAGGACAUGGAGGUAUCACUGUGUUUCCGAUGGAUCCUUGGCAGCCGUCUAGAACGGGAAGUGAGUGUAAGGAGGUCAUUAUAUGACAGGAGGUUUCCCCAGGGCUGCCAGUGCCUGGAGGAAGAGGUAUUCUGCUGAACGGUUUCGACUCCUGUUUGGGGACUUGAAGCCAUGGGGCACCCUGAAAACUCUUAUUCUUUUUGAUGGGAUCUACAGAUCUAAUUUUAAUUCAGUUACAGAAAAAUUCAUGAAACUGCGUUAAUUGUGGAUAAGCUUAUAAAAUUGUAUGCUGUUUUUACAAAAUUGAUAACCUUGACCAUAGAUCUUUUAACUGGUCAUUUUCGACUACUAUAUCUUCCUGUCUCCUAACAUAAUUAACUUUUGGGAGCUGUAGGACAAUUAUGUACUUAGACCUGUCAUGUCAGAUGUUUGACAUAUGUGUAAUGGCAGGUCAGAAGAAGCAGAGAUUAAACAUCUACAUUUUUAUGAUAUGAGAUAUGCUGUACUGGGAAAAUGUGUGAGCACCAAAGACAUUUUGGCUGCCUGCUUUGUUACUUUGCCUGUUUGGAUUAAAUGCCAUUGGAUUUGGCUUUAACUGCCUUGCAUAGUUUGUUUUUAGCUUAAUUCCUUCGUAAGAUCUACUCUAAGCCAUAUUAUUUCCUCAUACCAUUAAUUCAGUUCAGGUUCCCUGCUUUUCACCUCAGCUCAUGCUAUUUGAUUUCUGUUUUUUUCUGUAAGUAACCACUGCUCCAUCUUGACCAUCUUCUUACCAGCCUGCCCUUCAGUCAAGUUUUCUAAUGUGCAUUAAUAGUUGUCCAUCUAAGAAUCUGUCUCCACUUGUUUGGUUUUAACAUCCUCCCUUUCCUAAUAUCCUCCCUCUCCUAUGCUUUCUAGCCUGGUUCCUCUCUCUCUCUCUCUUUUGACUUACCAGACUACAUGUUUUGGACUGUCUUUAGGAUAGCAAAGGUGUUAGAUUUUUCUUGCUUGAGAGUAUUUGUGUUUGUUACGUAAUUUGGCUAUGUGUUCAUUUAGCUAAAUACCUUAUAGCCUUAUUUAACGUUACUGUAGAGCGGUAGUUCUCAAACUUUUUGGUGGCAGGACCCUUUUACACUAUUAAGUAUUAUUGAGGACCAGAAAGAGCUUUUGUUAAUGUAGGCUAUAUCUAUCUAAUAUUUACCCUUUAAGAAACUGAAACUGAGAAAUUUAAAAAUUAUUUAUUUAUAAAUAAUAAACUCAUUAUGUGUUAACACAUAUAAUAUUUUUAAGUUACAUAUUUUCCAAAAUGAAAACCAAUUUAGCAAGAAGAGCAUUGUUUUCUGCUUUACAAAUUUUAUCAUCUGGCUUCAUAGACCCCUCUCAUUCUCUUAUUUCUCCAUUUAGUCAGGUUUGCCAUGACAGAUCAUGUAGCCUCUGGAAAACUCCAUUGUACACUUGUAACACAAUGAGAGUUAAGAAGGCAAAUAACAAUUCAGCAUUAUUUUGAAAAUAGUUUUGACUUUGAACACUCCCUGAAAGGGUCUCGGGGACCAUCAGCCUAGAUUGCACUGAGAACUGCUUCGAGAAUAAUUUAAUACUGUCAUGGACUCCUUUCUUGGUGUUUGUCCCUUGCUUUUAAUGUUUGAUAAAUUUGAAUUGGUUGAACGAUUUUCUUAUUUGUGUAUGUUAAUAUUACAUUACAUUUCCUUUUAAUAGUUUCUGAAUGAGACUUGUGUCAUUCAUUGAAUUGUUCCUCAAAAGUAAGCUAAUAUUUCAGUGCUUUUGGCAUGAUGCUAGGACAACAUCAAUGUAGGAAAAUUGCAAUAAAAUUUGGCCAUUUUAGAUUUUGUCUUGAUGAGUCGCUUGCUAAAAAUUGCAAGUGACUUUUGUUUCUAGAAAAGGAAAUGGUAGAUACAUGGUAUAGUACUUGUGGUCCAUGUAGUACUACUCCACGUGUGAUCAUAGUCCCUGUCAUAGCGAGUUUAUAUUCUUAAAGGAGAAUGCACAAACAUUUGAAAAGUUAAUGAAAAUUAAUCAAAGCUUAAGUUCAAGUCUCUUCCUGUACAGAAUAUUCUCAUACUUUCCUAGCCCAGUGAUACUUCCUCUUUCCCAAGAAAUGUCUAGGAAAGGAAUGAGAAUGUUUUGUGGAGGAAGAGGGUCUUGAACUAAACUGGGAGUAGAUAUGGAUAGAGGAAAAGAUAGCAGUGGGCACUCCAGGGAGAAUGGAAAAUAAGAAUUUGGGCAUGAAAAUGGAAAGGUGCAGGACUUUGUUUAGGCAGUCUGAAUUUCAAAGGGAUUAUAUAUAGUAAUUAGAAUUUAAAAUUUCAAAAUAUAUUUGGCAUGUAUUUUUAUCAGCACAGAGAGGAACGUUUUGAUACUUUGUGUAGUGAAAAGAGCUACAUAAAAUGGUUUCAAGAAUGAUAAAAUAGAAUUGUUUUGCAUUUUCAGUUUACAUUUUUAUGUUGUGUGAGUUGUUUCUAGAUAAUUUUAGUUUUCAGAGUGUCAUUGAUCUUCUCCUUAUGUCCCUAAGAUGACAGAAGCUAAGGUAAUACUGAUGAAUCUUGGAUGUUGGAUAGAAAUCUUAGACCACCUUGCAUGUUAUUACAACUUUAAAGGUUAUACUUGUAGGAUAUUGUAGACUAGCACACAUCUCCCACUUGUCUGUUUUUGGCUAUUAUAGGCAUUGUACACACAUUAUAAUAUACACUUAGGCUAUUUGUUGUUGUAAAUGGAUUUUUUGUGUUGCAGCAUGAAAAGCUUGCCAUCUUAAUUGGAAGUAGAUAUUUUCUUUACUAAACUAUGCUCUAUACAUGGAUUGCUUUAUUUUAAUACAAAAGUAAUAACAUAUAAGCGGACAAAAUGAGCAAAAUUGAAGGGGCUUCUGCUUCUUAGGGAAUGAGGUGCAUGUGAAAAGCAGAGAAGGUUUUCUAUCACUGUAAUAAAAAUAGACUUCUAAACUGGCCAUUCACCGUAUCAGCUAUUUUUGUAACAU